AUGGAUUCUCCCCGAUCGCCGGCGGAGACUCCCAUCACUGCCUGGCAAACGCCGUGGUCACAAACCAAUCAUCAUGAUGAACCUGCCCCCCCGAGAAGCACCAACAACAGCACCAGGCAUCAGGACCAGCCGUCCCUUCCCAGCCAGGGCAGACGGGGCAAUGGUUCCUUCCAGCGGGAGCGGGAGCGGGAGCGUGGGCAGCGGCGGCAGCACCGGCAGCGGCAGCACCGCCAGGCGUCGCUGGAGCUCUUGGAGGCUCGUUCCCUCAACAGGGUGCUGGAACAGGAGAGCGUGCUGGACAAGGAGGAGAUCGCCGCGCUCUACCAAGAGCAGGAGGAAGUGCUGCAAGCGAACAGCGCCCUUCAGGCGGAGCUCGAGGAAGCGAGGGCCUCCCUGACGGAAGUCUGCCGCGAGGUGGAGCGGCUGUCCGCGGCCCUCACCAAGCAGGCCUCUCUCCUAACCAGCGAGAAGAAUAGACGGCGUGACGCGGAGACGGAAUUAGGGCGGUGCAAGUCUGCUCUGGUGGCCGCGGCAGAUCGGUGCAGCGAUCCAUCAAGCGGCAGCAGCACGAGUGUCGACAACCCCGGUGCUGCCUCCGUCGAGGACAACGCGAGCAGCAUGGGCAGUACCGACGGCAGCCACAGCACCGGUAGCAGCGUCGAGCGUCCUGUCUUGGCAAGCGCGUCUGCUAUCGUUGAUGGUGCUGGACCGAUCGACGACGAUCCAGAACCCGAUCUCCCCGAUCUGUUCCACUCUGUCCAGAGCGCCAUGACGGGCACCGUCAGCAGGUGGAUCAAGGGCAUGCAGGCCGCCUGCAGCCCGGGGCUGCGGCAAGCUUUGGUUCUGCCAUGGCUGCUGCACAAGCUUUUUUUCCUGAGCACGGAGCUCAUCGACGAGAGGCGGCAGGAGCUCGUGAGCAUCUUCGAGGAGGAAGUGGCGGUCGGCGGCAAUGAGGGUGCGAAGGAGUCGUCCGUGACCCUGCAUCACCAUUUGAACCGCCACUACCGCACCGUGUUUCCUCUGCAGGGGGAUAAGUUAAUGGCGGCCACCAAGACGGUCAUGAUGUCGCUCGCUCACAGCAUGAUCGAGUCGGAAGAGUGGAACCCGGAGGCCAAGAACGCGGACGCCGUCCAAUCCGCCCUCGCGGCGAGCGGCCUCGAGAAGAUCGUCGAGGAGUACCUCAAUAUCGCCGUCGGCUGCCUGCUGCGGUCGUACUCGUUCACCGACGACCUCGGAGAUGUGGAGCGUUUCGACCCGAACCGACACUUUGAUCCUGUCGACGGUGAAGUCACUGGCGAGUUGUGCGUCGUCAUCUUCCCGGCGUUGGUAGGCGGUGACGGCGGGGAAGGAGAAGGGGAGGAGGAGGAAGGGCGCUUGCUGAGGAGGCGGUUCGUGAUGAACUACCAGGGCAAGUGAGAAGGAAGAAGCAGGGGGGCACGACGCGACCUCGUCAGAAGGAGGCUCGUGUCGCGGAUGUAGGCGUGAAUUGUUCACCGCGGAGGGGUGGAGAUGGCACCACGGACGGCACUGGUAUGGCUGCGGGGUGUUUGUAAGGUGCCACGCACGUGCGGAAAAAUUUCAACAAGGAUUGUUCAGCUUUAAGGGCCGUGGCUACAACACCCCCCCCCGCCGAAUCCAUUCGAGGAUGGGUGGGAAACCUGAUUGUAUCUAGGCAUAUGACUAUGUGGUAGGGUUGCUUUUCAAAGCGGCGGGUGCUGCUUCGCGAAACCCGUUGGUGUAUUGCUCAGCCUGUAUUGCUCAACCACGUGCCAUGCUUCGCACCCCCAUGUUUUGUAUGUGUCUUCAUGUGACGUGUACUGUACGUAUUUUGCGUGGAGGCAGUGCUUGUAGUAGUCACGUGGGCAAUGCUUGCGGUUGUGACAUGCGGCGUUGCUUGGCGUGCGAAAGCUGCAUGACACUUCGCUCGGCAGGGCAAGGUAUCCCGCCCG